GAUAAUCUGUGGUUUCGUGUGCAACAUGCUAAUUUUGUUCACUUAAUUCAUUUGAAUACGGAAUUAAACUGGUGCUCUCAAAAAUGACAGAUGGAAAAGUGAUAACAUGUAAAGCAGCUGUGGCUUGGAAAGCUAAGGUUCCUUUGUCAAUCGAAGACAUUGAAGUACAUCCACCAAGAGCAGGCGAAGUUCGUGUUCAAAUUCUAUCAACCGGUGUCUGUCACACUGAUGCUUACACUUUAUCAGGUAUUGAUCCAGAAGGAUUAUUUCCAUGCAUUCUUGGUCAUGAAGGUGCCGGAAUCGUUGAAUCAAUCGGCGAAGGUGUUAAAAAUUUCAAUGUCGGUGAUCAUGUCAUUCCAUUGUAUACUCCACAAUGUAAGGAAUGUAAAUUCUGUUUAAAUAAAAAGACCAACUUGUGUCAGAAGAUUCGGGUAACACAAGGACGUGGUGUUAUGCCAGACGGUACUUCUCGUUUCAUGUGUAAAGGUAAAGAGCUCUUCCAUUUCAUGGGCUGUUCUACAUUUUCCCAAUACACGGUUGUGUCUGAAAUAUCUAUUUGUAAAAUCAAUGAGAAGGCUCCCCUGGACAAAGUGUGUCUAUUAGGUUGUGGUAUUCCGACUGGUUAUGGUGCAGCACUAAAUACUGCUGGAGUUGAGCCAGGAAGUUCAUGUGCUAUUUGGGGGCUUGGAGCUGUUGGUCUUGCUGUUAUUAUGGGAUGUAAGACUGCUGGAGCUACGCGUAUAAUAGGAAUUGAUAUAAAUCAGGAAAAGUUUAAAAUUGCAAAAGAAUUUGGUGCAACUGAAUUUGUCAAUCCAAAAGAAAUCACGAAGCCGAUUCAAGAAUAUCUUGUUGAGUUAACUGAUGGUGGAUUGGAUUACACAUUUGAAUGUAUUGGUAAUGUUUUAACUAUGAGACAAGCUUUGGAAUCAGCACAUAAAGGUUGGGGUGUGAGUGUCAUAAUUGGUGUAGCCGGAGCUGGUCAAGAAAUCAGCACUCGCCCAUUCCAAUUGGUCACCGGAAGAGUAUGGAAGGGAACAGCUUUUGGAGGAUACAAAAGUGUUGAAAGUGUUCCCGAAUUAGUUGAACAAUAUUUAAAAGGAAUAUUCAAGAUUGAUGAAUUCAUCACGCAUAACAUGAACUUGGCUGAAAUCAACGAUGCUUUCGAUUUAAUGCACAAAGGUCAAAGCAUCAGAAGCAUUGUUCACUUAAAGAGAAAGAUGGAAGGAAAAAUUAUAACGUGUCGUGCUGCUGUUGUUUGGGUUGCAAAAGAAAAAAUGGAGAUUGAAGACGUUCAAGUCGAUCCUCCUCGUAAAGAUGAAGUUCGUGUAAAAAUGAUUGCAACGGGAAUUUGUCAUUCAGAUCUUUCGGGACAAGCUGGAAGAAUACUUUCAAUACAAUAUCCAAUCAUUUUGGGACAUGAGGGUGCUGGCAUUGUAGAGUCAGUUGGUGAAGGUGUCACAAAAUUCAAAACUGGUGAUCACGUCAUUCCAAUAUUUCUUCCACAAUGCAAAAACUGUGUUUUUUGCAAAAAUGAGAGAACAAAUAUCUGUGCUGAGUUUAGUAAGCAACUGAAAUGUUUAAUGCCAGAUGGAACAUUGAGAACAAAGUGUCGUGGCCAGGGUCUUCACACGUUCAUGGGAUAUUCUACUUUUAUGGAAUAUUCCGUCAUUCCAGUAGUAAAUCUUGCGAAAAUAGAUGAGAAAGCGCCACUUGAUAAAGUUUGUUUGUUUAGUUGUGGCAUUACAACGGGUUAUGGUGCAGCAGUUAACACAGCAAAAGUCAGCUCGGGAAGUUCUUGUGCAGUUUGGGGUCUUGGUGCUUUAGGCCUCGCUGCUAUAAUGGGAUGUAGAAACUCGGGCGCAUCUCGAAUAAUUGCGAUUGAUAUAAAUCCAUCGAAGUUUGAUAUUGCAAAGCAUUUUGGGGCUACUGAAUGUAUCAAUCCAAAUGAUCUUGACAUACCAAUAAAAGAUCAUUUACAAAAGAUCACAAACGGUGGUGUCGAUUACACUUUUGAAGCAGUUGGUAACGUUGAUAUAAUGAAACAAGCUUUCGAAUCAGUAAUUCCGGGCUGUGGAUUGUGUGUACUUAUUGGCGUAGCCCCUAGUAAUACAUCCAUGAGUCUUUUCCCGAUUGACUUUCAACUUGGAAGAACUUUAAAAGGUACAUUAUUCGGCUGUUAUAAAAGCGUCGAUUCUGUUCCAAAGCUUGUCGAUGAAUAUCUCAAGGGAAAAAUUGACAUUAAUGGAUUCAUCACACAUCAUAUGUCGUUGGAAAAAAUAAAUGACGCAAUUGACUUGAUGAUUCAGGGAAAAAGCAUCAGAACAAUUAUUGACAUGAAAGAAGCAAAAUAAUUUUUCUCAGCCUUCAUGGUAUUUUUUUAAAGCCAUCAGAAAAUUUUAUUCAGAUAAAUUUGGUUAAAAUAUAAUUUCUUACAACAAGUUUAUUAUUGAUGAACUAUGCUGAGAUGUUAUCCAGAUGUUUGUUAAAGUAUCAAAAUUUUCAACAAAACUGAUAAAAAGGUAAUAAAGCAUUCAAAUGUUUUUAUCUAUUUCAAAACAAUUAUUUUUUGAUUAUAAAUCACAUUAUCACAAAUAUUUUAUUUUUAAUCAAUUUUAAAUGAACCAUAAAUUUGAAUACCUCUGGCUUUUAUGAAUUUUUGAAAUUUUCAAAAUAGAUUUAAAAUUAAUAAAACUAUCUAAUAUUCCAGACAUUAUUUUGAAGUUAUGUAUAAAUUAAAAUAUCGGAUCAAAAAAUAAAUAAAAUAAUCUCGUAUCUAGCAUUUCCAAAAAUUUCUUGACUUCAAUUACUUAACCAUCAUAAUUAAUUGACAGAUAUUCACUC